AUAUGGCGGCGGCGCCAUGUCAUUUCUAUUUACAAAUUUAUUGAUAUAUUUCCUAAAUAUAUUUCCUUUCGAACGAAUUUCAUGCAUGAGAACUAUUAAAGUGCUACUUGGUGGCCUCGGUGAUUGAAACAAUUUUACCGUUUGAUCAUCCGGAUGCCGGAAAUGCCACCGUUGUCGGGUGGUUUCGGUGAACAAAUAGAGGAUUACGAGGUACUGAACUUACUUGGGAAAGGGGGCUUCGCCAGCGUUUAUCGGGCAAAAUGUCUUCGCAGCGGCAUAGAAGUCGCCAUAAAAAUGAUCGACAAGAAAUUGAUGCAAGCUGCUGGGAUGGUGGGUAGAGUACGUCAGGAGGUAGCAAUUCAUUCUAGAUUGAAGCAUCCAGCGAUACUUGAAUUGUACACAUUCUUUGAAGAUGCUAACUAUGUUUAUUUGGUGUUGGAAUUGUGUCACAAUGGAGAGCUACAACGUUUUCUUAAGAUACAAGGCUCGAAUGCAUUACCUGAAGAACAUGCUGGUCGUAUAAUUAGACAAGUAGUCCAAGGAUUGUUGUACUUACAUUCCCAUCAAAUACUUCACAGGGACAUGUCCUUAUCCAAUUUGCUUUUAACGAGGGACAUGCAAGUGAAAAUAGCAGAUUUUGGGUUAGCUACUCAGUUGACAAGGCCUGAUGAAAAACAUUUAACUAUGUGUGGUACUCCCAACUACAUAUCACCUGAGAUAGCAACAAGAUCAUCUCAUGGUUUAGAGGCAGAUGUUUGGAGUUUAGGAUGCAUGUUGUACACCUUGCUAGUUGGCAAACCACCAUUCGAUACAGAUGCUGUUAAAAGUACCUUAACACGCGUGGUUAUGGCCGAUUAUGUAAUGCCAGCUCAUUUAUCAGACAAUGCUAAAGAUUUGAUAGAUAAGUUACUGAAAAAAAAUCCAAAGGAUCGAAUUCGUUUGCGCGACAUUCCGAAACAUCCAUUUAUAACCAAUGUAGAUAGAAGCAAAUUGCAUAGUGAAAGAAAUGGUACAAGCAAAGGACUGUUAGGUGAUGGCAUGAUUGAUUCAGGGGUGGGAAGAACACUAUCCUCUUAUGGUCGACCAAGAAUGCGUUCCAGAUCCGAGGAACGAAUGUCGACGAUGCCUACAAUGUCCAAUGGUUUUGGGCCAAUGAUUAGUACAAGAAGCGAAGCUUUAUCCGAGCCUAUCACAAAGACUCAUUCGCGUAAAGCUAACCUUAAUCCGAUAGAUUAUCGUCCAAAAGAAGCGUCUGUGUUAGUUGGGAUACCACCACCGCCUCAAAGCAAAAUAUUCUCGCAAAGUGAGCAGUAUAGUAAUUGCGAUGUGUACGAGGAGACUGAUAAACAUAAAACUGAUAGAUAUAGAAAAAGGGAAAAGAUCGAGAACUGUUUCGAAGGUGCUGAAGAUGGGGGGAAAUUACAAGUUCCGCCCAUAUCUUCAGAGAGACUUCAACCUACUAGACAUAGAACAAAGAAUGCAAUUCUUACCAUUUUAGACCAUGGGGAAGUUUGCAUUGAAUUUAUCAAACGUAGGAGUGGAGUGGAAAGAGUAAGCGAAGUGUGCCGAAUAUCGAGCGACGGUUUAAGAGUUAUUCUUUAUAAACCGAACGUCCCGAUCGAAAUCGGAAUACAACCGCCCCCGUUACCAUCCCGCGGCGCAGAUAGUAUUUAUUCCUAUGAAAAUUUACCGCCGCGUCAUCACAGAAAAUAUGUGUACGCGUCUCGCUUUAUAAAGCUUGUGAGGGCUAAAACCCCGAAACUGACGCUCUACACGCAACGAUCGAAGUGUCUUUUUAUGGAAAACGGGCCACAUCCAGACUGUGAAGUUCAUUUUUAUAACGGGGUUAAGGUUUUACGCGUUGAUGGCGCUGUAAAGAUAAUCGAAAGAAGCGAUGGUCCUGUCUACAUGGACGGUGAAUUUCCACCGCACUUCGACGAUUAUUAUGAACAUUAUUUGGAAUGUUAUCAGCGCUGUUUAUUGUUAGAAUCUACUUUAACAUCUUUGGAAGCAGCUACCGGUCAUUCUUGUUUCCCAGUGAUAAUUGGACGUAGGCCAAGCGCGGCCUUAAAUGAUGCUCCUUGUUUACAAGGAAAAGAAAAUGUUUCGCAGGCAACAAAUCAUACACCCGUGAUGUCGUCUUUCGAUGCUACUUGUUCCGUUAUUUCGACGGUGGCGUCUCGAUCGCGUAAAAUGAACUCUAUGCGAAAUUCAAGUAACAAUACAAAUAAUGUAGUUAUCCCGGGCGUGGGUACUGCCACACAAUUAUCGUCGGGAGAUAUUCGCCUCGAUUAUAAGGAUGGUUCUGCUUUAACUGUAAGUCCUCAAAGCUACGGCGGUGGCAUAAUUUAUGAGUGUAACAAUGGUACUGUCACGAGAUACAAUCAACAUUAUCAGAAUUCGGAAGUGCCGCAUAUCGUUAGAGAAAAAUUACGUCACCUACCGACAGUUAUCAAAUGUCUCGUUCAACCGAAACAUAAAAAUAUCCGAUAGUACCAAAACAUGCAUUUAGAUAAUCAAUUAUUUUGUAUAGUAGAUUUAAGUAGUCUAACUACAA